AAAAGGAAGCGGGAUCUGCCCCUGGCUUUCAGGCUCCAACCUCCUCCUGCUGCCAAGAUGCUACACCUCAAGCUCUUUGCAGUGCUCAUGGUCUGCCUGCUGCUGUGGGGCCAGGUACACAGCUCUCCAAUACCAGAACUGAGUUCAGCAAAGAGGAGGUCCCGGAGGAUGACCCCGUUCUGGAGAGGGGUUUCCCUCAGGCCCAUUGGCGCCUCGUGCCGGGAUGACGCGGAGUGUAUCACAAGGCUAUGCAGAAAAAGACACUGUUCCCUAAGUGUGGCCCAGGAAUGAUGUUCACACCACAUGAAGAGUUGCCUCCAACAAUGCUCCGUUCUAUGGAAUAUUAUGAAUUGCAUUUUGGCUGGAGAUACAUAAGUAAAGC